UCCCGUGAUGCUCUCCUUCGCGUCUCGGUGAACGCGUGUGUUUGAGAAGCCGAACCGGCCAUGGCGACCGACGGACCGCCCGGAACCGAGCAGAACCCGCCCGAUUUGGGCAGCCCAGCCGCCCCGCUGAACACCUGGAGCGUCCAGGAGCUGCAGGCGAAGCUGGCCGAAAUCGGAGCCCCGAUCGCGGGUCCGAGGGAGGAAAUGAUCGAUCGGCUGAAAAGCUACAACAUGCAGACUGGCAUUCUGCUCACUAAGCCAGUUUUCCGAAGCGAUGAUGCAGACAAACCUGGAUCUUCACCUGUGCAGAUGCCUGGCAUGCCCGUGCCCCCCCACUCCAUGGGGUUGCCCCCCGGGAUUCCCCAGGGGAUGGCGCUGGGGUUUCCCCUGGGUCUGGUGGGCCCCCCACCUCCGGGCAUGCCCCCCCCACUGCGGCUUCCCGUCAUCGACCCCACGAAUCUGUCGGACGAAGACCGCUUGAAGAUCGCCCAGCAUCGCGCCGCCCUGCUGCUGCAGCAGGAGGGGAGAGCGCAGCAGCAGCAGCAGCAGCAGCAGGGAAACGAACGCUCCCUCGAAGAGCACAUGAAAGACCAGGAACUGCUCGAGCAGCAGAAGAGGGCUGCUGUGUUACUGGAACACGAGAGGCAGGAGCAAGAACGGGCUAAGAUGCAGCAAGCGGUCCCGGGACCCCGGGGUCCGGACCCAGGGACCGGUCCCCAGAUGCCUCCAAUUCCUCAGAUGCCCCCCAUGCCCCAGAUCCCUCAAAUGCCCCAUCGAGGUAAUUCCGGCGCCCCCCCGCCCCCUGGAGUCUCGCUGGGACCCCCGGGCUUGUCGCUCGCCCCCCCCGGCCAGAGACAGAGAGCCCCCCCUCCUCCCCCCGGAGAGGACCUGAGAGAGGGAGAUGAUGGAAUGGUUGGUCCUAAGAUCCCACAAGCCCUGGAGAAGAUCCUGCAGCUGAAGGAGAUGAGACAGGAGCAGCUCAGCACAGUCCCGCCAGAAGAGGAGGACAGGGAAAUGGAAACGGAGGGCAAAUCCCCAGCCGCCAGCAUGUCCGAGACGGAGGAGGACGAGACGACUGCGUCCAAAAAAGAAAAAAACCGAAAGAGGAGGAACAGGAAGAAGAAGAAGAAGAGGGAGCAGAAGAGGGCGAGCGGAGAGAAUGGGCAGAAGGAGGAGGGAGAGAAGGGGAAGGGGGCGGACCCCGCGGAGGUGGAGAUCGAGUACGUUGCGGAGGAGCCUGAGAUCCUGGACCCCAACUUCAUCUUCUUCAAGAGGAUCUUCGAGGCCUUCAAGCUCACCGACGAUGUGAAGAAAGAGAAGGAGAAAGAGCCUGAAAAGACAGAUAAACUGGAAGCGGCGGCGGCAGUGAAAAAGAAGGGAUUCGAGGAGGAGAAGAAAGACAGCGACUCGGACGACGACAGCGAUGAGGACCUGAGACGUGACGUUAGCAAGAUGUCGAAGAAGAAGCUGCGGAGAAUGAACAGGCUGACGGUCGCAGAGCUGAAGCAGCUGGUGGCGCGUCCCGACGUGGUUGAGAUGCACGACGUCACGGCUCAGGAGCCCAAGCUGCUGGUCCACCUGAAAGCCACGCGGAACACGGUGCCCGUGCCACGACACUGGUGCUUCAAGAGGAAGUACCUGCAGGGCAAGAGGGGCAUCGAGAAACCGCCCUUCGAGCUGCCCGACUUCAUCAAGAGGACGGGAAUCCAGGAGAUGAGGGAGGCACUGCAGGAGAAGGAAGAGGCAAAAACCAUGAAGACGAAAAUGAGAGAGAAGGUUCGCCCCAAGAUGGGCAAGAUCGAUAUUGAUUACCAGAAGCUGCACGACGCUUUCUUCAAGUGGCAGAUGAAGCCUAAGCUGACGAUCCACGGGGACCUGUACUACGAGGGUAAGGAGUUUGAGACGAGACUGAAAGAGAAGAAGCCAGGAGAUCUUUCGGAUGAACUGCGGAACGCUCUGGGAAUGCCGGUCGGACCAAACUCCCACAAGGUCCCCCCUCCCUGGCUGAUCGCCAUGCAGCGGUACGGGCCCCCCCCUUCCUACCCCAACCUGAAGAUCCCUGGACUCAACUCUCCCAUCCCGGAGGGGUGCUUGUUCGGGUACCACGCAGGGGGCUGGGGCAAACCCCCCGUGGACGAGAUGGGCAAGCCUCUGUACGGAGACGUCUUCGGGACCAACGCUGGAGACUUCCAGGCGAAGACGGAGGAAGAGGACGUCGACCGCACCCCCUGGGGAGAGCUGGAGGCCUCUGACGAAGAGUCGAGCGAGGAAGAGGAGGAGGAGGAGGAGAGCGAUGAGGAGAAGCCAGACGAGACCGGCUUCAUCACCCCUGCGGACAGCGGGCUCAUCACUCCUGGAGGAUUCACGUCUGUCCCGGCCGGGAUGGAGACCCCGGAGCUCAUCGAACUCCGAAAGAAGAAAAUCGAGGAAGCCAUGGACGGCAACGAGACGCCCCAGCUGUUCACGGUCCUGCCCGAGAAGAGGCCGGCCUCGGUGGGGAUGGCGAUGAUGGGCUCCACCCACAUCUACGACGUCUCUUCGGCGGUGAGUCGGAAGGGGGGCGGCGCUCAGGAGCUGCAGGGAGUCGAGGUGGCUUUGGCCCCAGAGGAGCUGGAGCUGGAUCCCCUGGCCAUGACCCAGAAAUACGAGGAGCGCGUGAGGGAGCAGCAAGCGCAGGUGGAGAAGGAAGACUUCAGCGACAUGGUGGCCGAGCACGCCGCCAAGCAGAAGCAAAAGAAGCGGAAAGCUCAACCUCAAGACAACCGGGGAGGAGCCAAACGCUACAAAGAGUUCAAGUUUUAGCCGUCCCGACGGGGAGGAGGCGAGGGAGCCUGUUUUCGGGGGGCGCGCGGUCCCCGCUACCGCCCCAGUCUCCCCCCAAAAUCCUCCUGUUGUGUGCGCAGUCCUGUCUUACUGCAUUGUUACUGUCCUGUGUUUUUUGUUUUGUUUUAAAAGUAGAGCAUUUGUAGCGCUGUGUUACAGCCAGCCGUCGCUGUGAACCGCGUGUCAUUUUAAACACACCCGCUAGGAAUUAAACUAAAGAAAGUGUGCGCUGUUUUUUUUGUAAAUAAAGUGACUCAAUGCAUCCA